UCGAUCACGUUAUUUUCGUAUUGUGUCCGUUUGUGUAGUUUGUAUGAUAUAAUAUUGUUAACUAUUUAAAUUUUAAAUAUGCUCUGUCACUCGCACAAAAAGGACAAAAGUAAGUAUUUAUUUGGAAGAAUUUUCGAAUGAAACUUUUAGGAAUAAUGGGCAAGUUUUAUAUUGUCAGUCUUGUGAUAAAUCAGUAUCUAUCGACCAACGUGGUCAAGUUAUUCAGCACAUCAAUACCAGUAAACAUAGAGGCAAUAGAGACAGAAAGCUUAUAUUUUAACAAAAUUUUAUUUCUACUUCUACAUCAUCCGCACCUACCAAUAAAAAAUAUACUGGUCAUAAAAUUCCCGACGAGAGUACACUUCGAAAAAAUUAUGUUAGUGAGGUGUAUGAAGAAACUAUUUCGAAAAUUCAAAAUAUCAUUGGAGAUGGGUCUAUUUGGGUUGGAAUAGAUGAAACCACAGACGCCGACGGUUGAUAUAUCGCAAAUGUUAUAGUAGGAAAAUUGAGUACUGAACCAUCUAAACCAGUGGCGCACCCAAGGAGGGGGAGCUUUG